AAAUAAAGCCAAUUAAAUAACUACACUUCCUUUAUUCAUCCCCAUUCGCUUUCUCUCCCAAAAUCCACCGGAAUUUGCCCCAAAUUUCGAUCAAUUUCUAAUCGAACCACCGAAACCCAUUAAAUUCAAUUCAUCUAGAAGUUGGGUUUCUGCUUAUGGGAUCUGGCUUUUCAUCUUUUCUUCUUAUGUGCAACAGCACCACCUCUGCUCCGGUGAUGCCGUCGGAGCCAGGUCUAGGUGAUUUGCCGGAGAGUGUGGUGGGUUCUGUUCUUGUUUACUUAAACCCACAAGAGAUCUGUAAACUCGCAUCUCUCAACCGUGCUUUUCGUUAUGCGUCAUCGGCUGAAUUUGUGUGGGAAUCAAAACUGCCGAAGAACUAUGAUUUGUUUAUAUCGAGGGUAUUUGAUAAUAAUAAUUUCUCUUCGACUCUCUGUAAAAAAGAAAUUUACGCGAGGUUAUCUGCGCCUAGUUCCAUUGAUGGCGGCACAAAGAAAGUUUGGUUAGAUAAGGGUACAGGAAAGGCUUGUGUGUUGAUAUCUUCAAAUGGAUUAGCAAUAACAGGCAUCGAUGAUCGUCGAUACUGGAGUUGGAUUUCUACAGAAGAAUCAAGAUUUCGAUCGGUGGCUUAUCUCCAUCAAAUAUGGUGGUUUGAAGUUGAUGGGGAGGUGGAGUUCCCUUUCCCUCCGGGCAGCUACACCCUCCUCUUCCGCCUGCAACUCGGGCGGUCGGGCAGGCGGUUCGGGCGGCGGGUCUGCAACUCCGAUCAAGUCCAUGGCUGGGAUAUAAAACCGGUCAAAUUCCAGCUGUCAACUUCAGAUGGUCAAAAGGCAACAACUUCAUGCUAUUUGACUGAUCCUGGAAAAUGGAAUGUUUAUCCAGUUGGUGAUUUUGUUGUUGAGGAUUCAGAAGUGCCAAUGAAGAUCAAGUUUUCAAUGACACAAAUUGAUUGUACACACACUAAAGGUGGACUGUGUGUGGAUUCUGUGCUCAUUUGCCCUAAAUGAAGAUUUUGAAUAGAUUUUAAUGGGGGAGGUUAGAAGCAACUUUUUUGAUUUGCUAAAGUAACCUUUUUGUAAGUAGGAUGUAUUAUUUAUACAUAAUUAGUGAGGUGAGAUCAAGAAUGUAUAUUUUUAAAUGGUUUUGGUAAUGUAUAACGGGUUUUCGCUAAAUCGGUG